UCAGCCAUAGAUGAAUGAAAAUUUCCAAAUGUCAAAUUCAAAAUGUAAAUAAAUAAAAACUAAAAAUUAAAAAGUGCACUUAUAACAAAAAUUAAAUAAAAAAGAAUGAGUAAUUUAAAAAUCAACUUCAACAUUGGCCUCCUUGGCCAUGUAGAUUCAGGAAAAACAACUCUCGCUCGAGCCCUCAGUACCAUUUCCAGUACAGCUGCUUUCGAUAAGAAUCCCCAGUCCAAAGAACGUGGAAUAACUCUUGAUUUAGGUUUCAGUGCUUUGACCAUUGAGACACCAAAUCAUCUCCAAUCACUACCAUCAAUAACAAAGCAUAUUCAAUUCACAUUCGUAGAUUGUCCUGGACACGCAAGCCUCAUUCGCACCAUCAUUGGUGGUGCCCAAAUAAUUGAUCUAAUGAUUCUAGUAAUUGAUGCCCAAAAAGGUAUUCAAACACAAACAGCCGAAUGCAUUGUUAUUGGAGAAAUUCUACAAAAGAAAUUGAUUGUAGUCAUCAAUAAAAUCGACAUGAUUGAAGAAUCUAAAAGACAAGAUUAUCUUGAUAAAAUGAAAAUGAAAUUAAAGAAAAUUUUGUCCAGAACUAUAUUCCAAGAUGUACCAAUUUUUUGUAUUUCCGCUUUAAAUGGUAUUAAUUUGAAAGAAUUUGUAGAAGACAUUAAGACAAUUCUACACAUUCCUGAUAGAGACUAUAAGCAACCGCUUCUCAUUUACAUUGACCACUGUUUUGCCAUCAAAGGCCAAGGAACAGUUUGCACAGGAACGAUAAUUCAAGGUAAAGUUUCUAUAAACGAUACAAUAGAACUUCCUGCUAUAAAAGAACAAAGAAAAGUCAAAUCAAUUCAAAUGUUCAAAAGCCCAGUUCAGAGUGCUGGGCAAGGUGAUCGCAUUGGUCUUUGUGUGACCCAAUUUAACUCGAAUCAGAUGGAAAGAGGAAUCAUCUGUCAACCGGGUUACUUAAAAUUCAUUCAUGCAGCUGUGAUAAAGCUAAACAGAAUAGAAUAUUAUAAGUUUCCUUUAAAAUCAAAGAGUAAAUUGCAUGUUACCGUUGGUCAUGAAACUGUCAUGGCCAAAAUUAUAUUGUUUAAGGACAAUUCACUUGAUAGGCCAUUUGAUAUCACACAAGAGUAUGAAUAUGUCGAAGAACUUUUACUAGACGAAAAACUAAUCACCGAUCAUUUUGUAAUGCUUGAAUUUGAGACUCCCAUAUUGGCUAACGAUAGUAGUAUAUUAAUUGCUUCUAAGCUGGACUUGGAUGUUCAUGCGAAUACAUGCCGUUUGGCAUGUUGGGGUUCUAUUGAAUGGCUUACUCAUUCAUCUAAUUACAGUACAGAAAUUCUUCCAAAAUUUAAAAUCUAUCGGAAUAAACUUAAACAGGGUACCAUACAGAGAGUGGUUAAUGAUAAUCAGAUUAUUGUACAAAAUCUUUUCAAAAAAGAUGGUAAUCGAGAUGUUUAUGUUGGUAAGAGAAUCGAGUUGUCAACUGGAGAAUGUGGUGUCAUAGAGAGUACAUUUGGACAGACAUCUAAAGUGAAAAUAAAUUUCCCAGAAGGUCUGCGGGAAGAAACUUUGAAUCUAUUGAAAACAAAACAGAAUACCGUUAUGGUGCUUUUGAAAUUCAAAAAGUAUAUAUUUAAUAAAAAAUUGGGAAUAAUACAAUGAAGAAAUUUUUUUUUUUUU